UGAAGUAGAAGAUAGGUAACAAAUAAUAACGGCCAAACACUCUCAUCUCUUUUAACUUCGGUUUGGUUCGUUCUCUUGGUGGAUUGGUUGAAUAUUCGACUUGCAACUCCAAGGUCUAACUCUUGCCAAUCUCCUCCAUACUCGACGAGAUCUGUGGGGCACAGCCAACCUCAGUUUAGUUAAGCGUUGGGCGAGACGCGUUUCUCGUGAGGGGAUCUCGUGAGCUAAAAAAUCUCCUCACAUCUCAACCCUUUCGCAUCCUGGCAGUGCUUUUAAUCUCGAAGCAAAUCCGCCAAUCAUUUUCAUACUUGAGCCCGUCGACUUUUUUGCUCGUGUGUUGCCUGUAACUGACAAAAUUUGUCAAGUUGUGCCUCUGCAGAAAAAUCCCUCCUUUCCAACACCACCGAGCAGUUGCAUACGAAGAGGCAGGGAUAGGUUUCAGGGUUUAAAGGGCUGCUUUUAAAGGGCCACCUGAACCCGAAAAUAGCAAGGUGAGACAGGUUGAGACAGGUAGUUGAGGGCACACACGUGGAUCUACAGACACACAGAAGUCACCCCUUGAAAAAUAAUAUAAAAGUGUCGGCAAAAAUAUUUCCCCUCUCAUCAAUCACGUCCACCAGAAGAAGAAGACAGAUUCCCCGUAAAAUUUUCAAGUCCCUGACAUCCAGGAUUUUUAUAUCCUUCGACGACACCAUGUCCUCCUCCGACGCCGCGGUGAACGAUCGCCUCCGCCACUUGGAGGACGGCUUUAAACUUUAUCGCACCAAGGUGGAAAGUUUGUGUAAAGAGAUGAAGAUUCUCGUGGCUGAAAUCAACAUCAUUACAGAAUGGAUUCAUGGCAGUUUUGGUAUUGAACUAAUUAACAAAAAGUCCUUCCUCUACAAACACAUCCAUGAUUACGAAGACGUGCAAGAAAUCUCCGAGUCACUGACCAUGUUGGCGCAACAAGUGACGACGCGAUCGACCCCCAGCACCUGCACGACCUCUUCGUCCCCCUGCGCCAAUGGGGGAGGAACCACGCUGGGAAUCUACAACUCGAACCCACUCCCACCGAGACCACCGCCCCCAACAACGCCACGCUCCUCCCUCAUCGCCAUUCCAAUCUCCACCAUCACCAACUCCUCCUCCGACUCCAGCGUCAGUAUUCGCCACGAAUCGCCAACCACCCAUUUCGUCCUGCCUGGCUCACCCCCACCGUCGACCGGCCUGCCACCAUCUCCUCCCCCAAAUUGUAGACCUAUCCGACCAAACCCGACCCCCGCGACGCCAGCCAGACCACCAUCUCGACCCCCGUCCGUUGCACUGUUUCAUUCUUCUGGAGGAGGACAAAAUGUUAUAAUUCAUGGCAAUACUUCUUCCUCCUCUUCCUCCUCACACCACCACCAACACCAACAUAUUUCUAGUAGUGGUAAUUCCAUAUCUAUUUCAACAACGGCGUCGUCUUCCUCUCCAGCCCCCAUUUGCACCACGUCAACGCCACCAAUCCCGAUAUCCCUGACGCUGCCGAGAUCCGUCCUUCCCCACAGCACUCUCACCAUUGAAAAGAGAAACAAGCCGGAGCAGGAGCAGCAUAUUAACAUAACGUCCUCGUCGUCCCCUCCCGUGGUCAUUAUUCCGAAAAAGAAUACAGCCAUGGCUUCCAUACCGCUCGCAGUGACGCUCCUCCCUGCACCGAUGGCCCAACAACCAGUACCCAUCGUUAUUCCACUCACCACACCGAAUUACAUGCCUCCGAAGAAAAUCAUACGAAAAAAUUACCAAAAUCAACAGCAACAGUUGCAACUCCAAGUCCAGAAUCAGACUGGAAUUACAAAGUAUUUCAAACCCGUGGAACAGCGUCAGGAGCAGCUACAAGAACAAUUGAACAGACCAAUCGUCACGACUAAUCAUAAUAACAGCGUCCCGAUCCAACCUUUAGAACAUCAUCAACAGCAGCAACAUCAUCAUCAUAUUCAUCAAAGUCAGAGUGAAAGUGAUGAACAAACGAGUCAAGAACAGAGGCAAAAGGCAGCCCUGCAACUGCUCACCCUGCACAAUCAACUGGAGAGGAGACCACUCCCACCGCAGGGGCAACAGGGGCAUCAUGAGACGCGUGGAGGAGGAGGAGGACAAGUCAUUCACCAACAGCAACAGCAUCAACAGCAGCAGCCGAAGACAACACCAGAACUGGUGAAUCACCACAUUCACAGCACUAAAGAAGAGGUCACCGUGGUCCGAGUAAUUGAGGAGACUGAAGUCCUCAUCGAUGUCGGGACGGAAGUCGAAGGUCCACCGGAAGGGACGGGAAGGGGACGGAAAAGUAGAAAAAUGCUGGAUUUUGACAAGGUGGCGAAAGACGAGGCUCUGAAGGCGUCGGCGACAGUAAAAACCGAAGGAGCUAAUAAGACUGGAGGUGGAAAACGUGGCUCUCCAGAGAUGAUAGAUUAUUCCGCUGAUGCUGACGAUGAAGGUAUUUCAAGCGAUUCCACUCCAGCAGCAUUAAACAGUAAAUCGAAUAAGCAGCAGAAAGAGAGAGGCGACAAGUCCAAGAAACACGCUGCUGCUGCCACGUUAAUAACAAAAACUGCGGCAGCAGCAACAACAACAACGGCUUCAAAUGGUCCGACGACCGGAAGUAAUAAGCGAUCUAGAUCACGAACUCCGAUUGCUGCUUCAACCCCCUCGAAUAAAUCCGGCACCAUCACCACCGUUCUUGUGGACGAUGAAAUAGCUUCCACUUCGAGACAAAGUUGUGGGUCAGGUGCGGAGGAGUCUGGAUCUGGAAAUAAGCCCCCAGAAAAAUUGCCCAAGAGGGGACGACCUAAAAAGAAACCAGAGGACCGCGUCCGAACCUACGACCCACGCGUGCCGAUGAUGUGUGACGAGUGUGGCAAAGUGCUCAAGGGUUCUGGAGCACUCCGUGUCCACAAACAAAUUCACGCCAACAUUCGACCCCACGAGUGCAAAGAGUGUGGGAAAGCUUUCAGGAGAAAGCAUCAUUUAGAGUUUCAUAUGAUGAUACACGCCGGAGACAAGAAAGAAACUUGCAGUUAUUGUGGCAAGGCUUUUCUUAUUCGGAGAGAUUUGGCCAGGCAUGAGCGCACACAUACGGGUGAAAAACCAUACGGCUGCACCCUCUGCCCCAAAAGUUUCAACGUGAAGCAGCAUCUCACCCUCCACAUCCGCACCCACACUGGCGAGAGACCUUACCGUUGCCCAAUUUGUGACAAGACCUUCACCCAGGCCAACAGUCUCCGCAUCCACAAGAAAAUCCACGCCCGUGACGCUGCCAAUGGGACGACCCCCGUCAACAAUCGGAAAGGCGGUGGUGCAGGAACAGCCAACAAUAAAGGGAAGCAAACCAAUAUUAAUUCUUCUUCUUCUUCCACCCAACAUAACGCAUCCACUUCCGGCGUCUCUUCCGCCAACACGUCUGCUCUCGAGACUCCGGAACAAAUAGGUAGCCGAGCCCCUUCUAGAGCCAAUUCUGUAAUUAGCAUAAGUGGCAGCGAGCAACAGUAUCAUGUCAGCGGUCGUGCAUUUCAAAGCCAGUCCCCCUCACCCAAUUCAUGCUCAUCCUUUGCCUCCACCUCCACCAAUCCGCACCACCCCCACCAGUACCAACUUGGUCGAGCCUCUCACUACGAGCAGCACGAGCAUGACCAGCCACCCCCCGUGGGGGAGACGGUGGUCGUCGUAACGUCACCCCUCCCACCAGCCCAUGCCCACCAGAAUCAUCAACUGCACGGCCAUGGCCAGCUUUCACCCACGUCACCGUAUCACAAUCAGUACAAUUCUUCCUCUUUCAUGAACCCCAGUCCGUGGAGGUUGGCACUAAAUCCGGGCAGUGGGACGAAUCUGCUUCACUCGUCGUCACGAAGUCCGACGCCACCACCGCACCACCCGCAUGGGUCGAUGCAACAACCACUUCCGGCCCAUCACCACCAGCACCACGGCAGCAGUAAUAGUAAUAACAAUAAUAAUAACACGCCCAUCACUGUGAUCCGACCUUUAGCCAAUCGAUCUGGUGGGGGAGGUUCCACUCUGGUCAGAACGUAUGUUCCCUCAUCAUCAACAUCUCCUAAUAAUAAUAAUAUCUCAAAUUCCGGCCACAAUUUCGAGGCAGGGAAUAAUGGGAGAAGAUCUCCGAAUGGUGGUGGUGGCGGUGGUGGUGGUCGGACAACGGCUUUGAGUCCAAAUCAAAAUUUCCCCAUUUAUGAUCCACAACACGUUACCAGAUAUUAUUAGUUUUAGGAGGAAAUUUAUCAUCUACUUAUCAAGUCUUUUUUAGCAAUUGGUAGCCAAAAGCGUGUAGGGUACGAGGGGUGGCAAAUGGAAAUUGGUUUGACUGGAAACAUAAUUGGACUAAAAAUAUGACACGGUUACCAUUUCUCAUCCUAUCUUUUGCAUCAUUUUUAUUAUUACUUGUACACAAAAAUUGUCACGUUGUCUGACAAAGUUUUUUUUAGGUUGUGACAUAAUUUCAAUCAUUUUUUAUUAAACAUGCACCAAUCACUAUAUAGAAUAUAUGUAUGCAUUUAGUCUAAUAAAUCUCCACCAAACUGAACAUGUCAUAAUAAUACAUAGAUAAUUGUGAUUGGAAUACAUAUUUUGUGCAAAAAUUAGUAUUUAGACGUGUGUGAUAGGAAGCGUAUGGGGCAAAAAUUAUUGCUUUUUCAUCCGUAAAAUUAUUAGUUAGGUGUGCUCAUGGGUUGAUUGUGAUACAGUUUUUUUUUUAUUUUUGGAAUUUUUUGGAUUGAAUGUACCAAAAAACCAAGUAUUUUCCCAAAAUUCUGUGUGAAUCUACGACAAUUUGUGAUAUGGAUGCAGCAACAUAACUAAUCAUACAUAUAAUAAUAAUUAUUGUUAUUUUACUUUUAUUAUAUAUGACUUUUACGACUUUUAUUAUUGUAUCUUUUAUUAUUUUAUUUUGACUGAAUUUUGAUUGACUGAAUUUUUAACCCGGUUAUUAAUUAACUUUUACAUACAUAUUUAGCUGUAGGACAGACGUACAUACAUCCAUAUUAUUUAAUUUUUGUUAUCAUUUUACUAGCUAAAUUAGUCUUGAUUGAUACGAUUCAUCAUCCUUAGCUUAGUAUAGCUUAGUUUGCAUAUUGUAAAUAUCUUCAGAAUUCCUUGUACAUGUAAUGUAAAUAUUAUCUACAUAUUAUAAGUAAUAAUCCGUUUUAUUAAAUUUUAAAAGCAUGCAUAAUCUCAUUCUAAAUAGCUUUUCAAUUCUGAUGACUAUAAAAAAUACUUAAAAAUCUCAAUAAAUCUUGCCCAUCUUCAUUACUGUAA